AUGGCUACUUCGCCAACAGUGCUUAUCAUCGGCUGCGGAAUUGCCGGCCCCGUGCUGGCCAUUCUGCUCAAACAACGAGGCUAUGCGCCCAUUAUAUUCGAGAGGGUCAGCACGCUCGGCGAGGCGGGCGCAUCGCUCCUCAUCCAGCCAAACGGAAUGAAGGUCCGCAGUCUCCUGGAUAUGGCCGAUUCCCUCGAGCAGGAAUUGCAACCGCUGCGCGGAUACUGGCACGGCACGCCCGACGGCCAAACCCUCGCGUCUUCGGGCCUGGCUGGGAAAUUCAAAACGCGAUACGGAUUUUCAGCCGUAGGCAUCCGACGCUCCGAGCUGAACCUCCGCCUCAAGAGUCUUCUCCUGGAUCAGGGAAUCGCAGUCCGCGAGGGGUGGGAAUUGAUCCGCAUCGAGGAGCACGUGGACUUCGUCACGGCCAGAUUCACCAACGGGCAGUCGAUAACCGGCUCGUUCCUUGUGGGCUGCGAUGGCAUCAAGGCCGCGUCGCGGCAGGAGAUCCUCCGAAACCGCCACGACAGCAAGGAGGGGCCUUUGAUGUUCACGGGCUUGACACAGACCGCGGGCAUCUCGCCCACCCCGGCGACGCUGCAGGACCGAGCAGGGCAGAUGACCAACUGGUACGGCCAGGGCAUCCAUGUCAUCGCUUAUCCGGUCUCCGAGACGCAUACUUCCUGGGCAGUGACGCUACCGAACGCGAAUGAGCAGCCGGAGACGUGGAAGCUGUCCGAUGCCGAGGAACUCGCGGCGCGGCGCGGCGAACUGCAGGCUCAACUAGCGGAAUUCGAGCCCGCAGUUUUGCAACUGGUCGCUGAUACGGAGCGUCUGAUCAAGUACGGCUUGUUCGAUCGGGAGGAGUUGACGGCGGAGCAGUGGUACUCACGCCGCUGCGUGUUAGUGGGCGAUGCUGCACAUCCUACCAGUCCGCAUAUCGGACAGGGGGCGAAUCAGGCACUGGAGGACUGCUAUCACCUUUCACGUCUUCUCCCAGACCUCCAACAAAGCUCGACGUCUGAUGCGAAGACCCUUCACCUGGGUGAUGUGGACCUAGUCGAGAUAUUCCGAACCUUCGCACAGCGCCGUCAACCACGAACAUCGAGAUUGGUAAAAGAGGCGCGACGGCAGGGCGAACAGCGGGUGGUGGUGGGCGGGCCGGCCAGAUGUCGCGAACGGAAUGCUGGCAUUGCGGCGGCAUGGAAGGAUCCGGCCGCGUUGACGGCGAACUUCGACCGGUUGCUACAGGGACCCUUCUAG